GGCAGAGGCACCAGCCGCUGUGGGAUCGCCUCUGCCAAACAGCGGCCCUGCUGGCAAGGCACACGCUCCGCUGUCAGUCGGCCACGACCCCCGCCCGCCCAGCGGCUCGGCCCCGGGGACUGUGUUGGGCCAGGCCUGCCCAGUCGCCCACCUGGGAGCCCAGGUUCUGGCUGGCGGGGAGGGGGCUCCCCCAGGGAAAGGCACUGGGUGCUGAGUGACCAACAACAACUGUGGCUGCUGCGCCAGGAGGCUGCCUGCCCAGGCCCUGCGCGGGCUGAGAGGCGGGAACAGGCGAGGCCUGAGCAAGGGAUUGGCCACGCCCUGUGUGCGCGUCCACAGCAGCUCCGCAGCCAGCUGAGCCUCGUGGUCAUUGCCCAGAUGCUGGGCCAGCAGGAGGCACCGCUGCUCUGGAAAGAGGAGGCCCAGCUGGUGGUGCUCGGCCGGCUCCUGAGCCUCAUGAGGCCGGCAGCCCUCGGGCAGCUCCUGGACUCCGAGGCCUCGCCACCCCGCCAGGAGCAGCGGCCGACGGGCAGUGCUGAGCGAGACUACCAGGUCUGCUACCUGUGUCACAGCCUCCUGAGCCUGGCGGGGGUGGUGGUCAGCUGCCAAGACCUUACUCCAGGCCGCUGGGAAGAGCUGCGGCUGCUGUGUACGCAGCUGGACCGUCACAUCAGCGCCCACAUCCGGGAGAGCCCCCAGGCCAUGCACCAGACCAAGCUCAGGGACCUGGCUACCCAGACCUACUUCCGCUGGCAGGAGCUGCUGGCCCACUGCCGGCCCCAGGCCCCGCGCAUCAGCCCCCCAGGCAGCAUCUGAAGGAGCCGGGCAGGGUGGCCAGGGCUGCGCUCUGCGGGGGAGUGAACAGGACCCUGGAACUGGAGGCAGCGAAGGAUGGGGGCCCGAGGAGGACCAUCUGAUGAAGCAAGAGCCUGCCUCCACCACUGCCCUGACUCCCAGCGGCAAGGGACCCUGCCCCUCGCUGCCCGCUGCCCCCUCCUCCCGCUCUCCUUCCCUGCCCAACGUGUCCUCUCCUCCCGCCCUCCUUCCUCUCUCACGAAUGUGAGGUUGCUUUGUGCACACUAAAGCCGAUUUCACAUCAGUGGUUCGGACGGUUUCCUGCAGCCCGUCCUGAGGUCUCGUGCCAGCAUCCGGUUUGCUGAACACUCACCUCGGACAGCCGUGUGACUGGGCUCAGGCCUUGCUGCCCGAGGCAAGUUUUGUGGGUGCUGCUCCCUAACAGGAUGCUGGAUGUCUCAGCCCUGCUCCCCUUGAGGAAAGAGUGGGUUUUCCAUACCCUAGCAUCCCAGGGGCCUUCCCAGGAGACCCCGGGUGUCCAUUUCCUCCCUCCGUCCAUUCCUCCAACCCUGAGCAUCCACUUCUAGUCUCUGGCCCCUCCUGCCUCUCUCGGGGUUGGGAUGGGGUUUGCAGGGGCCGCGGAAAUGGAAGGGGAGUCACCGGGCAGGGUGUGCCUGUGGCUGCUGCCUGUGCUCACUCUUCGGCUCAGCCUAUGUCUGCCAGAGGAGCAUCACCGCAGCAGGUGCCUAGACUUUGUCCCUCUCCUUUGUCCUUGGUCCUUGCAAGCCACAGAGGUCAGGGGAAGGGGGCUCACUAGGAGAGAGGCUCCCCCAAAAUAAAGGACUUUCAGGGCAAGGAGCUCCAUUGGCAUACCCGCAGCACCCCUUCACUUCCUGGGCCUCCCUCCUGGGAGCCAGGGCAUCUAUAAUU